ACCUAUUGAAAACUCAAACAAAAAUAUACUCGGAAGAGACAGUCAUAUUAAGACACGCGCGCGUUCACGCACGCACGCACCACGCACACACACACACACACACACACACACACACGUAGAGAGACCCUCCUCAUUGUGAGAGAGGCGGACUCAUAUGGAGGGCCGCUUUUCGGCUCUGCAGCGACUGCAGCGUCUCCCGCUGCCUGUUCUUCCUCCGCGCGCGUCUCCGCGAGCGCUGUGAUGUGAAUAUUAAUGAUGCUGCGCGAAUCUCCGCGCUCAUUUCCAUCGCUUUCACCCAACCGAGAGACACACAUGGAGGGCUAUUUAUUCAAUACCGCUCAGUGACUCCAUACUGUUGGUUGACUUGGCACGCAGUGUCUUCUGCUUGUAUCGCCAUCUGUAGCGCCCUGUACAGAGCUGCAUGAUUUGUUUUAGGUCCUGAGAGAGGCGUUUGUCACUGUCAUGUGAGCCUUCUAACUUUACUUUUUUAUACAUUGUUUAAAGACAGGACGUUUCGAGAGCAGCAUGGCAGAAGCCGCUGUUGGAGAGGACGCACCCAAAGAGCAGGAGAGUGCCACCUCACUCACUCCAGAUCCCCUGCCAGAGGUCGGUGGUGCUCUGUGGGAAAGGGCAUUGAAAGCUAGUGUUACAGCCGGAGCUUUCCUCCUGUUGUACACACUGUCUCAACUCACUGGUUUGUGGGUCCUUUACAUGCUGAAUGGAUACAGGGCGUUUCCAGCGGCACAUAAAGUUUUGGAUCUCCUUCAGUACCUUCUCUCCACCAGUGAUGCCUAUGAUCAACAGAUGGAGAUAUGGAGGGUGGAGAGCGUGUUGCCCCUCAUAGCCACACUCUUCUUAGGUGUAGUCAUUCUUGGUACUGGAACGCUGUUCUGCAUUAGAACCCUGGUGCCUGGCAACCCAUCUUGCUUCCCUGAUGACCGUCGUCAGUCCAUGAGCAGGCAGCCUUCCUUUACAUAUUCAGAAUGGACAGAUGCUAAACAGGAGUAUUUCUACGAGCUGGAUGCUGUUCCGGAGACGCCUGUGUUCGACUGCUUUAUGGACAUGAAGACCGAAGCUGACCCUGCCACUCUCACUGUCAAACCUGUUGGCUUGCAGGAAAGGAGAGGUUCUAACGUGUCGCUGACGUUGGACAUGUGCACCCCCGGUACUACAGAGCCCUAUGGAGCGCUGCUGUCCCCUAAAGAGCAGGGCACACAGGAAUAUCUGAAGAACGCAUCCAACCUGCUCACCCCCGAGCAGCUGCACAAGCGCGCACUGGACGACGCUUUACUGCAGGCAGAGUUCUACGAGACACCCAUGAACUUCGUGGACCCAAAAGAAUACACUUUCCCCGGCGUGGUGAGGAAGAAUCGCUAUAAAACCAUACUACCAAACACACAUAGCAGAGUUUGCUUAAAAGCAAAUGAGGAAGGUGAUUUUCUCAGCACCUACAUCAAUGCUAAUUAUUUGAAGGGAUAUGGUGGGAAAGAAAAGGCUUACAUUGCCACACAGGGUCCCACUGUAAACACAGUGGGGGAUUUCUGGAGGAUGGUUUGGCAGGAGCACUGUCCCAUUAUCGUCAUGAUCACCAAUAUUGAAGAAAAAAAUGAGAAAUGCACAGAAUACUGGCCAGAGGACAGUGUCGUCUGUGAGGGUAUCGAGAUCACUGUCAAACAGGUCAUCCAGGCAGAUGACUACAGUCUAAGGAUUUUCACUGUGAAGAGUGAGGGUGAGGAGCGCACCCUCAGACAGUACUGGUACACAUCCUGGCCAGAUCAAAAAACUCCAGACAAGGCCCCGCCUCUCCUAGAGUUGGUUCAGGAAGUGGAGGAAGCGAGGAAACAGGCUCCAUCCAACAGUGGCCCUGUCAUUGUCCAUUGCAGUGCAGGGAUUGGACGCACUGGCUGUUUCAUUGCUACCUCCAUCUUGUGCCAGCAGCUAAGCAAUGAAGGGGUGGUUGACAUCCUGAAGACCACUAGCCAGCUACGCUUGGACAGAGGUGGGAUGAUCCAGACAGCGGAGCAGUAUCAGUUUGUUCAUCAUGUACUCAGUCUGUAUGAAAGACAGCUUCGAAAGACCUCAGAAGAGUAAAGCCUCCAUGAGCGCACAACCUUCACAUCUCUCCUCAGAGCAGUUGACCUUCAUCCGAACACAUGGGGCAGGGACUGACCCUCAGUUCCUCAAGCAAGCCUCAUGUAUUUAAACACAACAGAAGUUUAGGUUGAACCGUCCUUUUAGAAGCAGACCCAAUAAUACAUUUUAGCCUACCUAAAUUCAACAUCACAACACCAAUCAGUUAUUAAUUUUUUGUUCUUUAUUCUUUACCAUAAAAGUAACACAACAAACAUAAAGGGAUCAUAUAUAUCAUAACACAAGUGCUGCCCUCAUAAUAACGUUCAGCAGGCCAUCAGUGCUCAAAUAUGACAAAGUUUCUAUGCGUGUGUACUUCAUAUGUGGUGGGAUGAACACAAUAACAAGCAGACACUGAGGCCUCCAUUUAUGAUGUACAUUUAGCAUUAGGUUUAGGGACCUCUUCAAUUUCCGAGCCUACAAAUACAGCAAUUUUCCUUUUACUGCUAAGACAUUUUUACAGGAUUUAUAACUCCAUAUAACAAUGAGAUUUGCUGUAAAGUGUGUGUGUACAUAUAGGGGUCUCACGUGUUGAAAGAUCAACCUCUUGGCAAUCUGAUGUGUCAGUGUGUGUGUGUGUGUGUGUGUGUGUGUGUUGCAGAAACAGAAGGAGAGAGAGAUAAUGUUUACUAUGUGUUAUAAUGAUCAUCAGACUUUAACUCCGGAUGUGCGGUUGGUCUCUAGAAGAGGUUAGCCUAAUACAUUUAAUACAAAAUGGCCUUAAUAUGUGUCUUUCUGUUCGUACUGAGGUCCGUAUGGUUGUUUGUGGAUGUUGUCGGGCAGAUCUAAACGCAGCGUGGCGUUACAGCCUGUCGUAGUCUCAUUCAGUAAGACUGAGAGGCUGAUCUCCGUACAGAAUGAUGUACAUUUUCCCUCAGCAUACCUUUGCCUUCUUGGUUUGCGUGUUGUUGGACGCUGUAUAAUGCGAAAUGGAUUAGUUGGACUCUAAAAAGCAUUGAUGCUGCACCUCAAGGUUUUAUGUAUCAAAAUGCCGAAACACUGUAUCCAACUAAUGUUAAAUUUGUAAAUCAGCUUGUAUCAAUAGCAGAAAUCAUGACAAUGGGACAUAUAUAGUUGUGAAGUUUUUUGCUAAUUUCUAUUUAUUUUAUUAUUAGCUUGUUUUCCUCUGGUUACAUUUAACAUUGUUUAUAUGUGGGUCUGCAUAUCUGAUUAGUUAAGAUGUGUAAUCAGUAUUUGCCCGGAUUGGCAGCUCGUACAGCUUUGCUGAGACUUGCAGUUUGCAUGAGCAAGUACGUUUUGAACUUCUUUUUAAUUAUGAGCAAGGAAAUGUUUAAGUUACAAGCAGACAUCUGUGUGUGAUUAUGUGCAAAAGCUUCUGAUACGGCAGAGUCUCUCUCUGCUGUUGGAAUAAGCAUCUUCAAUCAAUGAUCUCAUGUGAUCCAGCUGGAAGUACCAAUGCAAGUCCUCCUCUGAAUUUCUUUAGACAGUACUGCUACCACCCUAAUUGUCUCCAGUUGUUCUCGAGUCAGUCAUAUGUCCUCAAAAUGCUGUUUCCUUCCAGGCAGCUUUGAGCUGAAAUUAGGAAGUUUACAGAAGCUUGAAAACAUCACCUUGUUACACAAGAGAUUGUACUGGUUUUUUUUUUUUUUUU